GCUCCCGCACGGGUUUGAAUUCCGUGCUCUUCAGAACAACCCGCUGAUUUGGAUUUGGUUCGGUCCUUCGUAUCGCUCGCGUGUCUGAUCACCGAGCUCCGAUUCGAAUUGGGUUGCUGAGGAGGUCUGAUGCUUCAGUCUGUUGCGUUAGAAAGCAGAUGAGCUGAAUUGAGAGAAAGCUUUUGAGCUGGGAGUUCAUGAUUUAUUCGAUUCUUUGAGCAGAGCCGGGAUGGAGAAGAUGGUGCUGGCUAUCCCAGGUUCAGCUUCUGGGUCCAGCCUUUUUACCUCGUCUCGAUCUAUAUUCGGUUGUCGAUUUCAGAGAAAUGUGAACCCAUCGAUCAGACUGUCUUCAAAACAGGUACACUCGGCGAAGAAAAGGCAGAACACCCUGACCAUUCUAGCGCAGGCAGAUUCCUCUGGUGGUUGCACUCGACUGCAUUCCUCGGACGGUAAUGGCUUGGAGUCAGCUGUAGGUAGUAGAACGCAAUUAGUCCAGGAGCCGGAGGUCUUGAAAAAGGAUAAUGGCACUCCUGGAGCAGUCAGCGUUGGGCGAAGACAGGCAUUGAUUCUCUCGCAUGUGGUUGCCGGUGCUGUGGCCCUGGAUGCUGGAAUUGUAGGAGGUAGCCAUCCUGCCAGAGCACUCAUGCAAACAGGAAAUGAGAGGGAGGAGAGAAAAACUGCUGGUAGUGCCACAGAGAAUUUGAAGAAACGAGUUUCCACCUUCACCUUGGACAAUGGAAUGAAGUGGGUUGUGUUAGAGAGACAUAAUGCACCUGUAGUUUCAUGUCACACCUAUGCAAAUGUGGGUGCUGCAAAUGAAACCGCAGGAUCAACAGGUCUAGCACAUCUGCUGGAGCAUCUUGCUUUCAAGGGAACCAGGAUUGUGGGAACUCGAGAUCCCGAAAAAGAAGCUGCUUUACUUGACCAAUUAGAUGAUGUGUUCUAUGCGAUGGAAGAGGCAAAAGAAAAAGGAAGGGCGGGUGUCGUCCAGCAGCUUAAUAAAAAGUUUACAGAACUGCAGGGCGCUGCAGCAAAACUUUCAGUGCCAAACGAGUACGGUUCUAUCAUUGAACGUCAAGGAGGCAUCGGCUUGAAUGCACAAACUUCCCUAGAUUCGACAGAGUACUUCGUUUCAUUGCCAGCAAACAAACUGGAGUUGUGGAUGGCCUUGGAAAGUGGGCGUUUUAUUGCCCCUGUAUUUCGUGAGGUUUAUUCGGAGAAGGAGGUGGUGAAAGAGGAGCGCAGACUUCGAGUUGAUAAUACACCCUUUGGCCGCUUCACGGAAACUUUCAUUGGAUCUGCUUUCCCGAACCAACCAUACGGUCGUCCUGUCAUUGGCUAUCCUGAUGACUUUGAACGGCUGGGAAGAAGAGAAGUUUCGAGAUUUUUUCAAGAAAAUUACAAACCCGAGACUUUGACAUGUUCAGUUGUUGGAGAUGUUGAUCCAGUUCAGGUGGAAAAAUUUGCAACACGCUACUUUGGCUCAUGGGGAUCCAGUGGGAAGAGAUUCACUCGUGUACCUCAACCUUUAAAAAGCUCGCGUGAUAACUGCGGGUGGGAUAGUAUUGUCCGAGCCGAUGGGGACCGAACGUUGCGAAUGAAUCUGCCUGCUCAGCCCUUAUAUAUGGAAGGUUAUUAUCGACCGUCCGCCUCCUCUUCAGAUGACCCAGCUUUGACAGUUGUCAAUGAAUUACUCUCAGGGGGUCGAUUAUCCCGUUUAUACAAGAGAGUGGUCAUUCCCGGGAAAGCGCUGUCAGCACAGUCGGUGGAGAGCUUCCCUGGGGACAAAAAACCUAAUCUUCUGCUUGUAUACGGAUCCCCUACCCCAGGGACCAGCACUGACUAUCUAGCAAAUAUCUUGCAUCAUGAACUAGAGGAUCUUGCAAGCAAAGACGUUCUGGAAGAGGAAUUAGUUCCCACAAGAAAGGCUACUCGCGCAGGCUUGCUGGAAGCGUUUGGGAGCAAUCGUUCGAUGGCAAAGCUGCUUUGCUUGUACGAAGCAACUACAAACAAUUGGCUUAAUUUGUUCGAGGAGAACGAGCUAAUUCAGACAGUGUCACCAGCGGACGUACAACGUACAGCAGCACUUUUAUUCAAACCUUCAAACCGGUUCUCAGGCCAUGCGAUGCCAUUUGGUCCAGAUAUGUCAGUGUAGAACAUGUAGUAAUCAGGCAGUGAAUGAAGUGUAAAAUUCGGUCUAUGCCUUGUAUCAACAGAUUUUGUACAUGACAUCGCAUGACCUACAGUAGAUGUGUUUGACCGAGAGUUAUCAAAGGUGAUUGAUCAAUCACCGGGCCAAUCACCGUUGUUAGCCGGUAAUACUUGAUGUUGCUAGACAUGACUUUUCAAGUGUUUCAAAACACGUGAACAUGAUUAUCAACCCAAUAUACAGCCGUCGGGCACAUACACUCCCGUCAAGUUUUGUGUUUGAGCAUCGACUGUGCCGGAUCCUCUUGA